CUGAUAUAACAAACAUCCAAUGACACAUCAACACGAUACAUCAUGUGAUCUCACCUACUUUGCAUUUUCCUCGAAAAUGGAAUCAUUCUAAGUACAUCACAACACAGCUGGUUUCUCAGAAUUGGUUGUGGUUUCAACUCACAGUGGAGGUAACGAAAGCUCACCGACAAUGAACCAGGGCGUGGAUCUUCUUCUUGUAGGCAAGUCUGGCAGCGGUAAAAGCGCUGUAGGAAACAGCAUUCUAGAAUCACGUGACUUCACCACCCACUCCAGGGGCUACUACGUGGAGACGUCGCCGCUAGCCAGGUCUUGCUCAUACAAAGGUCGUCACGUGACUGUGGUCGAUGGGUUCAACCUGUGCGAGGGCGACAUCCAUACCACGCUUAGUGAUAAGAUCAACUCCGCGAAGAAUGCUUUAAAGCUGGGACACGGUGGUUUCACGGCGCUUGUGCUGGUGUUGAAGUUUGGGGAGCGGCGUGAAGAAGACCCGUUGGAAGUGGCGACAGCAGCGAAGGUGAUGUUCGGUGAAAAUGUUUUGGUGGAUUUCGGUGUUUGCGUCAUCACCCGAGGGGAUGAUUUGAAGCACGUGGUAGAGGAAGAGAACGAGGGGUACCACACGUUCGAGGGCUGGUGCCGGAAACAGACAGGGCACAUGAGGGAAGUUCUCGACCAGUGCCGGAAUAGAUGCGUCUUGUUUGAUAACCGCACGGCGGAACGUUCAGAAAUGUGUGAACAGAGACGGAAGCUUUUUGAAAUGGUGGAAGUUAUGUCCGCGCAGAAUAAAAAGCGGUAUGUGAUGGAUGAUUUCAAACGUUUGCAUCAUGUUGCAGGCGGGUCGGAUGAGAAGACAAGAGAAGGGGUGCGUGAUUUUGAUGAAAAGAUUGAAGACUUAGAGAAAAAUUUAAAUUUCCUAGUGGAAAAUGGUGAUAACGAUAAACGUCGAUACAAGGAUUUGAUGUCUGAGAUAAAUAUUCUUCACGAUACCAUUUUACGGCACGUGUCUGAAAAAUCGACAAAAAAGAAUCUGGUCGAUAAGUUGCAAAAAUUGAAUGAACAAGUCAGUUUUUAUGCUGAUCUUAAAUGUCUUUCGGGAGUAGAUAAAUCGAAAGUUCUAGAAGAAGCAGCGGCAAAAGUAUCUAACAGAGAUGAAGUUUAUUCCUCACCACAGCCAAAUGGUCAGUUGGAAGGAAAUCGCCAGCAGAGGUUGACACAACAAUCGGACGAGGACACAGAUUCAGAGGAUGAAGACCAUGACGACACCGUGGGACAACCCACAUAUAGAGAUCCAGGCGCUGCAGACAGCAUCAAACUCCUACUGCUAGGGCGGACAGGGAACGGGAAAAGUGCAACAGGCAAUUCGAUCCUGGGUAAAGCAGCUUUUAAAAGUUCAUCCAACACGUCCUCGGUAACUCAGCAGAUCGCUGUUGGCAGUACCACGGUAGAUGGCGUGGUCGUCAACGUUGUGGACGGGCCGGGCGUGGACGACACGGACAAAGACGCGGGCGAUGAUCUGGAGGAGAUGAUCGCGGCCAUAGAAGAAGCUCUCAAGUUGUGCGACUACGGGUUCUCCGCGCUGCUGAUUGUGCUCAAGUUUGGCUUACGUUUCACGCGACAGGAGAGCGAGGCCGUCAAGAUGAUUAGAUCGAUAUUAGGACGCGAUGUGAUCCGGAAAUACGGCGUCUGUGUCGUCACGCAUGGGGACUGGUUCCAGAAUGAAAUGGAAGACGGCGACGAGAAGGUAGAUUUCUCAGACUGGUGUAGACAGCAGAAAGGAGAUAUCCAAACUUUAUUUGAAGAGUGUAGGUACAGAUGCGUCCUAUUCGAUAAUAAAACAAAAAGCGACGCGGUCCAGAAAGAACAAUUCCAUUCGCUCAUGUCAUUUGUUAAACCCCUGAAAAAAUACUCGAGAGAAGAAUUUGUGGGCGCUGGAAAAGAUUUAGAUGAGUUAAGUUUAGAGUUCGCCGCCACACAUUUGGAAAAGCAGACGCAAGAUUACUUGAACCGCAUCAGAGAGGAAGUUAAAAAAACGGAAGAGGAUUUUCCCCGGAAUAAAGAAUUUUAUUUUGAAAAAAUGGAAGCUUUGAUAAAAGACCUUCAAGAACAUAAACAAGCAAUUAACGAGCUUGGCAACUGUACAAAAAUAGAAUAUCUUUCAAACAUGAUUUAUGUGUUGGAGUUGGAGAUUUCUUCCAAGCUGAAAAGAUAUCGUUUGGAAUCGGGGAUGGCAAACCUUCAAACUCUACAAAUGUCACAACAAGCUAGCCAGAGAAUAUAUCCUGAGCUUGCAACUGUGUCUGACGUAAUGGCCGGAAGUGACGAAAUAAGACCAUCAGCCUCUACUCCAUACACGAUUCCCUACUCAGCGACAACCAACGAGCUAGACUCUGGGGACUGGGAGUUCGAGAAACACAUUGAAGAGCAGCUGGGCGCUAUACGGUCAGACCUCAAGUACGUGAGUAGGGACAAGACCCGUCCAGAUUUUAGACAAAACCUAGACAGACUGAGACAGCUGACCGACUCAACUCUCGACCUCGUAAAUGAAAGAAGCAAGCACGGAACUAAAUUUGAUGGCAUCAUUGCCCAGAUCUACGAUCUUCAAGAAGAAAUGGACAUGCGCCAACGGACCAACGCCAUGGUUAAACCUGAACCUAAAGGGGCAUACGAGUCUUGUAGACGGGACUUUCCGAAACCAAGACGGGAAUUUCCGAAACCAACACAAUCGAAGCACUACACUGAGAAAAAACCCGGACAAAUCAAGAAGAGGUGGAACCAAAUAAAAACCCAGUACAAGAAAAUAAAAAAUUGUAUGAAAAAGAAAUUGAAUGAUUUUAAUAGACAAAGCACGCUUAAAUACCAUCACUAUUAUUGAUAAUCUUUGCGAUUUUCAUUUUUUUCCAACACUAAUUAAUAAUUUCUAUUUUAUUUUUAAAAUAUAGUUUUUAAAAUGCAUAAAUAACGUGUAUGACUGUGAAAUAACACCUGAACUGAAGCGCCC